AUGGCCUCUUCUCCUCUUCUUGAUCGUAUUACACCCCUGAUUCAGACCAUCCUACGCUCUCCAAACGUCGUACCAGCGCAAGUGACAGCCAAAAAUGUGCGGAAAACGCUCAUAAGCGAGCACGGGAUCAGCGAAGAGGAGAUGAAUCAGGAGAAGAAAGCCGUCAACGAACGUAUCCUCUCCAUCUUUCGAGACGUCUUCCCGGACAUGGCUGGCGACGAGCCCGCGCCCGCAGAGGAGGCAGCGUCGUCGACCAAAACACCCAUGAAGCGGCAAACGGACCAUGUCACCUCGAGUAUUGCACCUAGUUCUCCGGCAGUGCCACUUGUGGAUCAGUCGAAGAAGACGAAGCGGAAGCGGACGCCCGAAGAGGACAAUGACGAGCAAGUUGCUCGAAAGCUCCAUCAGGCUCUCAACGAGGAGAGGUCGACGCGUGGGAGCACGUCGAGUGGUAGUAGGAGAAAAAAGGCGACUGUGACGAGUGACAAGGACAAGAAGGGCAGGGUGAAGAGCAAGGCUUAUAUCGACGAGGACGAUGAUAGCGGUAGCGCAGAGAGUGGAGACGAAAAGGCGGACAAGAAGAAGAAGAUAAAGAAGAAGCAGAGCAAGAGUGCAGAUGGAGAAGGAGCUGGUGCAAAGGGCGGUUUUUCGAAACCGAUGAUGCUCAGUACUGAACUCGCCGAAGUGCUCGAUGAGACUACACUAUCACGUCCUCAGGUCGUGAAAAAGCUAUGGGAUUAUAUUAAGUAUCACCAACUACAGAAACCAGAAAACAAGCGAGUCAUUCGUUGCGACGAAAAACUGCAAAAGGUCUUCCGAGUACCCGAAAUCGACAUGUUCCAGAUGAACAAGGCACUUAGCAACCAUCUGCGUGGUGUAGAUGAAUAG